AUGACCUUAAAUCAACAAGAACUUCGUAUAGAGCCAGAUUCAUCUGUUUUAACACAUUCAAUUAGUAUGUUACCUGAUACAUUAGUUCCACCUGUAACUCAGCAAAUAAACGCCUACAGCUUUACUUCUCCUACAACAUCACUAUUUUCUUCUGCGAACACUUCCGGGUGCAUGAAUGACCCUUACUAUUCUAUGUACUCAGAACUUUAUCAUCCAACAGGACAUCGAACUUUCGUUGUUCCUGCAACCGGUGCUGUUUUACUACCAUCACCAUCUCCUCCUCUUGCAGCACCAUUUUCGGUGUUUCCUAUUGUGCCUCAAGUACCGCCUCUUCCUCAUAAUUCAGAUUUUCUUCAAAGCAGUGCUAUUAGCAACAAUAUCAAUACUUUUCCUAUGCAACAACGAUCUAGUCUAGAAGAUGCAAGGAUGUUUCAUACGACUUUACCACCUCCUCCAACAACUACAACAGCAUUGUUUGGCGUAGAUUCACUUAAUAAAAGUGAUAUUGAUCAAUAUCUUGCAUAUGUCGAAAGUGAUUCAGAUUGUCGUGCUUUACGUGUUGAUGAUCGACGACCAAAUAAUAAUUCAUUAUAUAUGCUUAUAGGUGAAAUAACAAAUGUCAAAGUUAAUUUUACUAGUGAAUCAGCAAUUUUUAAGGGUUUUUCAACAUUUAAUAAAUUAAAACCAAUUGAUUUGACUUCAACAAAGAUUAAUGAAUUGAAAAGAAUUCAAUUAAUAAAAUGGAGCAUUUGA